AUGUUAAGUUCAACAACUGAUUUACCGACAUGGGCACAACUUACUGAAUUCUUAGAGAGUAGAUUCCGCAGUAUUGAAAUGAUUGACCCUUGCAAACAAUUUGUGAAGUCUUCAGUUUCUAACAAGAUAAACCAAUUUUCAAAACCCAAAGCAUUUCAUUCAGCAGUGCAAGAGGUUACCAAAUCCUCAAAUAAUAAUUGUGCUUUAUGUAACGGGUCACAUUACAUAUAUCACUGCCAGAAGUUUGAGCAAAAACCAAUAAAAGAGAGAAUUGAUUUCGUACAGCAUAAAAGACUAUGUUUUAACUGUAUGUGUCCAAAUCACAUAGUAAAUAAAUGUCGUCAAAAUACGAGCUGCAGGAAGUGUGGCAAGAAACAUCAUACGAUGCUACAUAUUGAGAAGGAUGGGUCUAUACACCAAGAGAGUAACACUAACGAGGGAGAAAUACACAUACAAAAGAGUGACAAGAGUAACACUGAGACAAGAAUUGUGGCUCACUUUGCGCAAGGACUACAGAGUCAUAAUGUACUAUUGGCCACAGCUAUUAUUAACGCACACUCUACAACUGGAGAAAAAUAUCACAUACGCGCGCUACUGGAUCAAGGAUCACAAGCGUCUUUUAUAAGCGAAUCGACUGUACAAUUACUUAAUCUUAAACGAAUACCAGGGACAAAACUAUGCGCUCCUAAAUGGGUACACUUGGAGCAACUUCAGUUAGCCGAUCCAGGUUACGCCACACCAGGGAAAAUAGAUAUCCUUUUAGGCGCAGAUGUUUACAGUGAGAUUUUACAAAAUAAUAUGGUGAAACACCCAGAGGGCAAUUUAAUUGCACAACUUACGGCUUCGGAUGGGUACUAUCUGGAAGAAUACCAAGAGAUUCACUACACAGAAAGAGUA